GAGCGCGUUUGCCGUUUGGACUACGGCGUGCUCUGUGCGGCGGCGUUUGCGCGGAACUACGAGCUGACGAGCACACCGGUGAUCGUGCGGGACGUGCCCGCGCGCGAGGGUUGGAGCGCGGCGGGGUGGAGCUACGACGGGUUCUUCGGCGACUCCGCUUUCCGCGGGCUCCGCAUGAAGUGCGGUGAGGACGAUGAUGGGCGAACGAUCCGUGUCACGCUCAAGGACUUCGCGACGUACGCGGCGCAGGACUGCAUGGGUGACGACAGCCCGCUCUACGUCUUCGAUGGUGGCUUCGGCGACCGCGCGGGCCGCGAGGCCGUCGUCGGCGCGUUCCGCGCGCCGACGUUCUGCGGGCGGGACGACCUCUUCGAACUCGUCGGCGAGCGGCGGCGGCCGCCGCACCGCUGGCUCCUGGUCGGGCCCCGGCGGAGCGGCACGUGCGCGCACGUCGAUCCCCUUGGGACGUCAGCGUGGAAUACGCUGCUCACUGGGCGGAAGCGCUGGGUCCUCUUCGAACCGGGCACCUCGCGGCACGUCGCCAAAGGAAGCCGGCUCUACGACCCGCGCGUCGAGGACGACGAGGCCAUCAACUACUUCGUCGACAUCCUGCCGAGGAUCCGCGCCGCGUACCCGGAGGCACGCCGCAUCGAGUGCAUCCAGGAGCCUGGAGAGACCAUUUUUGUGCCCGGCGGCUGGUGGCACGCCGUGAUCAAUCUGGAGGACACCAUCGGCGUCACGCAGAAUUUCGCGAGCCGGGGCAACUUCGACGACGUCUGGGACAGGGCCCGCGUCGGGCGCAGGUCCAUGGCCCGCACGUGGCUCGCGGCGCUCGAGGCCCACGGCGACCCUGAGAUCCGUCGGCUCGCU